ACUGAUGGUAAUGACCACAAAUUUAAGGACCACACGAUAUAGUAAACGUUUUCUUUUUUGACUAUAGUACACACUGCCUGUUUGGAACUUAAGAAUUCCCAUCCUUACCUAUCAUGCAUUCCAAUCAUUGUUGAUUGUUUUAUUUUGAUACAAUUACAAUAAUAUUGUUGAUUGUUCGUUUGACUUAUAGACUGUAGUUAUAUAGAUGAUUUCAUCUAUUGUUCAAUGGUAGUUGUAGAAGUAUUCGAAGUUCGUCCACAGUAAGCUUCAUGCUACAUCCUAUUUCAUCAAAAUAAAACUAGUUGCCAAUCUGUUAAAUAAUGUAUCAAUCAAGAAUGUGUAAGUAGAAUAGUUAUAGUAUCUAUUAUGUUAAAGAAACAUUUUUGUUACCUAGGUAUAUAAUUUUAAUUAUGUGAUUUAGUGCCAAGUAAUACUGCUUAUACAAAGGAUACAACCAUAAUGUGGCAACAAGGCGGACCAUAUUUGCCGGAAUCUAGUAUUCAUUCUGCAGGAACUACACAAACUCAUUCUACUACCGAUAAAGAUGAUCUAGAACGAGAACAAUUAAUUUAUGAACUUAAUCAAGGAUUUUCUCAUGGAUUUACUCAAGAUCAAGUUGAUGGUGAAUGCAUAUAAUUGAAAUUAUAACAUUAAUUAUAUUUUUCUUAAGUAGAUUUUUAUUUUAGAAAUGAAUCAACAGUUAAGUCAAUCACGUACUCAAAGGGUACGAGCAGCAAUGUUUCCAGAGACACUAGAAGAAGGUAUUGAAAUUCCUUCUACACAAUUCAAUCAAAGACAAUUAACAGCUGUCCAACGAUUGGCCGAGCCAAGUCAAAUGCUUAAACAUGCUGUAGUUAAUUUGAUUAAUUAUCAGGUAAAUUAAUUUAAAUAAAAAACUGUUUUAAAAAUAAUAAUUUUAUGUAUAAUCAAAUAAAAUAAUUUAAUCAUUUUUUUUUAUUAUUAUUCUUAUUAUAAAAGGAUGAUGCUGAUUUGGCUACUAGAGCUAUACCAGAACUCAUUGAAUUAUUGAAUGAUGAAGAUCAAGUUGUUGUAUCACAAGCGGCCAUGAUGGUUCACCAUUUGUCCAAAAAAGAAGCAUCAAGACAUGCAUUGAUGAAUAGUCCUCAAGUAAAUUUACUUGUUGUUAAUCUUUAACCAAUUAUUUUAAUUUUUAUGUUGAAUGAAUACAAACAGAUGGUCGCCGCAUUAGUUAAAGCAUUAUCAAAAAAUAAUAAUUUAGAAUUCACAAAAGGUGCAGUUGGUACUUUACACAAUUUAUCACACCAUCGACAAGGUCUUUUAGCAAUAUUUAAAAGUGGAGGAAUACCAGCUCUUGUUAAAUUGCUUAGGUAUUUAUAAAUUAAAAUUAUUGUUUGAUUUUAAUCUAUCAAUAUCAAUUUGUUUAAUUUUAGUUCUCCAGUUGAAACUAUACUGUACUAUGCUAUAACAACAUUACAUAAUUUGUUGCUUCAUCAAGAAGGUUCAAAGAUGGCAGUUCGCCUUGCCGGAGGUCUACAAAAAAUGGUAGCACUUUUGCAACGUAACAAUGUCAAAGUUUUGACAAUCAUAACAGAUUGCUUACAAUUAUUAGCAUAUGGUAAUCAAGAAAGUAAACUAAUUAUACUUGCUUCACAAGGAUCCAUUGAACAUGUACGUAUCAUGCGUUCUUAUGAUUAUGAGAAACUGUUAUGGACUACAUCAAGAGUUUUAAAAGGUUUAAAUUUUCCAUAAUAAUAUAUUGUUUUAUUGUUAUAAGUUUGACUUAUAACCAUAAUUAUUUUUCAGUUUUGUCUGUGUGUUCAAGUAAUAAACCAGCAAUUGUUGAAGCUGGUGGUAUGCAAGUUCUUGCAAUGCAUUUACAACAUGGCAGUCAACGUUUAGUACAAAAUGCUUUAUGGACUUUACGUAAUCUGUCUGAUGCUGGAACCAAAGUAUUUAUUAUUACUUAUUAAAAAUGUAUUCACACCAAUGAUAUGUGAUGGUAUUUUAUUCAGCUUAUGCACUUACAAAAAAUGUUACCAAGAUAAUCCCAAUUUACUUAAUAUUUAGUUUAAAAAAGAGGCUGAUACUGAAGAUUGAGUGUAGCCACUGUUGUAGGUUGGUAGUUGUGAAGGUGGUAUGCAAAAAGUUAUUUAAUUUAUACUUGUAACUAAUAAUAAACCAUUGCUAAUGAAAAGAUAAUUCGGAAUAAAGUUCAGUUAUACAUAUUUUAAAAGACUGUAAUAUAAAUAAUAUCAUUUUCUUUCUCUUCCCUUUUGGGUGGGUAACAUAACACUAUGUACUACUUCCCUGAAUACAUACCACUGCACACUGAUUUACAUUUACUUUUCUUAAAUUUAUUACUUCUACCCUAGAACUGUAAAUGAUUCUAAUCAAAAUUUGUUUUUUAAAAAUGUUUAGGUUGAUGGACUAGAACAGCUAUUGCAAUCAUUGGUAAUCGCGUUAAACCAUUCAGACGUAAAUGUAGUAACUUGCGCUGCUGGUAUUUUAUCAAAUUUGACUUGUAAUAAUCAGCGCAAUAAAGUCACUGUUGUUCAAGUAGGGGGUGUUGAAGCUUUAGUACAAACUAUUAUAAAUGCUGGAGAUCGGGAAGAAAUAACUGAACCUGCUGUAAAUUUUGAUAGAGAUGUAAACAUUUAUUUUUAAAAUAAACAUUCUAAAAUACAUUUUAGGUCUGUGCUUUGAGACAUUUAACAUCUAGACAUGUUGAAUCUGACAGUGCACAAAAUGCUAUACGUCAUAAUGGGGGAAUUCAAAUUCUAGUGAAAUUAUUGCAACCACCAUCUCGCUGGCCACUUGUUAAAGCUACAAUUGGGCUUAUUCGAAAUGUAGCUCAGUGUCAGGGUAAUCAUAUGCCAUUAAGAGAACAUGGAGCAAUACACCAUCUAAUACGUUUACUGAUGAGAGCGUUUCAAGAUAUCCAAAGAGUGUGUAUUAUUGUAAUAUCAAAUUUUAAUCUAAUAUCUAUAAUUUGUGUUUAUUAUUAUUUAAUAGACAUCUACAAAUAGUAGUGUAGCAGGAUCAGGCAGAUCUCAAUCUGGCGAUGUAUAUGCAGAUGGUGUACGUAUGGAAGAAAUUGUUGAAGGUACCACUGGUGCAUUGCAUAUUCUUGCACGAGAUUCACACAAUCGAGUACUUAUGCGUUCUCAACAAGGAUUAAUUGCUGUAUUAGUACAGUUAUUGUUCAACGAUAUUGAAAAUGUUCAACGCGUCGCCGCUGGUGCUCUAUGUGAAUUGGCUAUUGAUAAAGAUGGUGCAGAUAUGAUUGAAGCAGAAGGUGCCACAGCACCAUUAACUGAAUUAUUACAUUCCCGCAAUGAAGGAGUUGGUUAGUGUAAAUAAUUUUAACUUUUGUAUUAAGGUGAAUCUCAAUAUUUUUUUGAUAAUAUUGAUUAAUCUUUCUGAUUUUUUUUUUUGUAUUUAUUAAUUUAUAUGGUAUGGAAAUUAACUUAUUUUAGGUAGCCAUAUAUAAAUAAUUUUAAAUAGGUAAAACAAUAAUGAAAAUAAAUAUUUUAUAUAAAACUAAACAAUAAUGACUGAGUCAUCUUAGAUAAUAGUAUAUGAUUUUUAUGUAUAGCAAUUUACGCAGCAGCAGUUUUAUUCCGGAUGUCAGAAGAUAAACCUAACGAUUAUAAAAAACGAUUGUCAGCAGAGUUGAGUAAUUCACUAUGCAGAGAAGAUCAAAAUACAUGGCCACCUAAUGAUCUUGGGACAGCUCCUGAUCACCAGGUAAUUAAACCCUAUUAAACUAAUUGCUAAGUCUAAUGUAAUACAAAAACUUUUUAUUAGUCAUAGACAUACAUCGAUUGUUAAGGUAUGUUUUGAAAUAAACAGUUAAAUUGUACUUUUGCUUUUUAUCUAAAUUAUACAUUAUUAUAUAAUUUUAUAAAUUCAUGCAUGGUGUUUUGUACACCUAGAUAGUGUUAGCAUGAAUGAUUAUUGUUUUUAUUAUUAUAUUUUGUUUAGUAGUUGGACUUUUAUGUAUUUUAUAAAUAGGACGCAUAUGAUCUGUAUGGACAUAGACUUGGUAGUGUACACAACGGAGUUGGCCCAAUGAGACACAAUAACUAUCAUCAACAGUCAGGUAUACAUGUAUAAUUUAAAUAGCUGAAUUUGCUUUAACGUUUUAUGCUUGUUUUGCAUGCAAUUCUCCACUAACAGUAAGUAAUUCAUAUUUUUUUUUUUUUUGUUCAACAACAUUUUUAAAAUUUUAUUUAAAUAUUUUUUAUAAUAUUAUGUACACAAUACUCAUCAUUUAUGUUGUCUAUACAAUUUAAUUAUAUAAAUAAAAUAAAUAAAAAAUGUUUAUAUUUAUUUAUGAGUACUAACGAUUUUAUUAUUUUUGUUUUUACUUAAUUAUUUUAUUAUUAAAUAUAUAAAUUAAUCUUCAUCUAAAUAAAAAUGUUUUCAUUGGGGAGGUAAUCUUUUGAUUUUCUUUGCAUUUUUUUUAAUAAUUGGGAAAAACAGGAAAAUGUAUAUAAUAACUGUUUCCUUUAUUUUUGUGGUUAAUGGUUGCUUACAAAUAUAAAAUGAAAUAACUUAAUUUAUCCUAACUUCUCACUUACAACAGUGAUGCACCAAUCAGCUCUUUUUUUGUAUAAUUGUUUGAAGUUCAAAUUUUGAAAUUUUUUUAAAAAAAUCUUAGCAUUUCAUAACAUGUUUAAAUGAACUUUGCUCAUAAUGAUUUUUUGUGAGCAAUGAUUUAUUGUUGUACACAGAUAUAAAUUAAAUAACUAUGUAUUAGAAUAUAUACUACUUUAAAACUUCCCAUCUAAAGUCGCCCACCCGUUUUAAAAUAAUAUAUUAAUUAAACAAAUAUAAAUCAAACCAAUAUAACGUGAAUAUCAUAUUUUGGUCUUUAAUGAUCUUUUAUAGGGCAUUUAAACAUUAAUAUGUUAGUACUAAUUAAUUAAAUUUUUUUGGGGAAUCUAAUGUGUGUUAUCCUAACAUCUCCAACUGCUUUAUUAUAAGUUUUUUUUUAUGGAUGAUGUAUGUAUAAUUAAAUAUAAUUUGUGUUAUUUUAAAGGAUACGACACGUUACCAAUAGACUCUAUGCAAGGCUUUGAAAUAUGUUCUCAACAAGAAUCUAAUUGUAGUCCAAUGGACGUAGUGAUACCUAAUGAUAUUGAUUGUGGUCGUCUAGGAGAUUUACCCGAACCACCACAAGACAACAAUCAAGUAGCUGCUUGGUAUGAUACUGACUUAUAAAAUCAUAUUGAAAUAAUAACUUAACUGAGUACUUAUUCAGUAUUAAAUAUUACAUAUUUUUUAUUGUUAAAUAAUAAUUAUAUAAUGCACCUACUAUAAUAUAUUGUACCUAAGUAUUCAAUUUUAUACCUUGUAUUAAUAAAAAAUAAUUAUAUAUAAAGACAAUAAUAAAAAUAAACUCAGAACAUAAAGUGUUACAUAUUGAACUGAUCAUUUAAUAAUAAAUAAAAUUGAGUGUAUUACUACCUAUAAA